AUAUUAAAUAACAAGAUGUUCUUAUGAUUGCAUUAUUAUUUUAUAUAAUUUAUGAGGAUCAUUGACAUAUGCUGAAGUUAAAAUCUGAUCAUUCCCUUGAAGAUGUGGAAAAUAAAUGUGACAGGAAGGAGUGAGGCUUUUUGAAGAUGUAUCUUGAAUGCCAAACAUUCAUCAUCGUAAGCGAAUGUUUUCUCAUGCAUGGUUUGUACGGCCAAUUAGAAUCGAAGAAAUAAUGGGUUGAGUAAGAUGAAGCAGAAGCAGAUCCACUGCUUCUUAUCUUUCAAAUCAAUACAACAAAAUAAACAUAUUCAGUAUUUCUCAGCUGCAGCACAAUCCCAUCUAGUUGAGUCGGGAAAGUUGAAUAAUGUAUUAAAUGAUAGUACGCAAGGGAGAAUUGAAGUUGACGUUCGUACAAGCAGGAAAAUCCUCGAGGAAGGAAGAAGUCUGCACGCUGCCAUUAUUAAAAUUGGUUUCGAAUUGGAGAUUCUUUGGCAAAAUCAUAUUCUCAACGUAUAUGCCAAAUGCAGAAGAAUAAGAGAUGCACGGCAAGUGUUUGACAAAAUGCCGGAGAGAAAUCUGGUGUCGUGGUCUGCAAUGGUUACAGGAUAUGCCCAGAAUGGAUGUGGUGAGGAAGCUGUGAAGGUUUUUCGUGAAAUGCAGCGAGAGGGUAUAAAUCCAAGCGAGUUCGCUUACGCGAGUGUUAGCAGGGCAUGUGCCAGUCUUGCAAUUGCUGAAGAGGGCGAUGAAAUUCAUGCUCAAGCAAUCAAAACUGGAUAUAACUUGAAUGUUUUUGUGGGAAGUGCACUUGUUGACAUGUAUGCUAAAUGUGGCAUCAUGGAGAACGCAAGAAAACUGUUUGAUAGACUCCCUCAACGAAAUGUUGUUUCAUGGACUGGGAUAAUUGCAGGAUAUUUACAAGAUAGAAAUGAGAUAGAGGUGCUGAACCUAUUUUGGCAAAUGCAGAAGGCUGGUACAAAACCAAACCAAUUUACAAGCUCUUGUGUUCUUAGUGCGUGUGCCAACCUGCAAGCUUUGGAAGAGGGAAAGCAGGUACAUAGUGAUGUUAUAAAAUCUGGACUUGAGUUGGAUAUUUUUGUUGGGAAUUCCCUUAUUGACAUGUACGCAAAAUGUACUAGGCUAGAAGAUGCACGGCAAGUAUUCGAAAUGAUGCCUGAAAAAGAUGUCAUUUCGUGGAAUGCAAUGAUUGCUGCCUAUUCGCAGAACAAUCAAGGGGAGGAAGCCAUGAAAAUGUUUCGAAGGAUGCAAUGGGCAGUAGUGAAGCAAGACGAAAUCAGAUUCUCUGCUGUUCUGGGGGCUUGUGCGAGCUUAGCAGCUUUACGAUAUGGCAAGCAAAUUCAUUCCAAUAUCAUUAAAAGUGGCCUCGAAUCAGACCUGUAUGCCGGGAAUGCCCUUGUUGACAUGUAUGCAAAAUGUGGGGGAGUAGAAGAUGCAUGCCAAGUAUUUAACUUGAUGCAAGAACAUGACGUGGUCUCAUGGAAUGCAGUCAUUUUAGGAUGUGCACAGCAUGGGCAUGGGAAGAAAGCAAUUCAACUUUUUGGGGAAAUGCAAGAAGCCGGCGUAGAGCCGGAUCAUGUUACUUUUAUCUCUGUGCUUUCUGCAUGUAAUCAUUCCGGCCUGGUGGAUGAAGGUCGUCGUUACUUUAAUUCCAUGACUCAAGAAUAUGGCAUUGCACGAAGAAUAGAACACCAUGCUUGCAUGAUUGAUCUUCUUGGUAGAGCAAGGCACUUGGAUGAAGCCUACAAUCUGAUAGUCUCAAUGCCCUUUGAACCCGAUAGUCGCAUGUGGGGAUCUUUGAUUGGAGCAUGCAGAAUCCACAGAAAUAUAGAGCUUGGAAUAAUUGCUGCAGAAUCUCUGCUAGACUUGGAGCCACAGAAUGCUGGUAUACGUGUGUUGCUUUCAAACAUAUAUGCUGAAGCUGGCAGGUGGGAUGAUGUAAGAAAAGUGCGAAAAAUGAUGAAAGACACUAGGGUUGUAAAGGAACCAGGACAAAGCUGGAUUGAGAUCAAGGAAUCUGUGCAUGUAUUCUAUGCAGAAGACCAAUCACUUUUGCAAACAUAAGAAAUAUAUACAAUGUUGAAGAGAUUUUUGGACAUAUAAGUACAGAGGGCUAUGAUCCAGACACAAACAUGAUCUAAGAAAUGAAGUUUAAAAGAGGUAAAAUAUGAAAACAGCAAAGUAUAUGAGAGGAUUCUCAUUCCUCAAAUGUAUGAAGAUGAUGUUUAAUUUUAUAUGAUAUGCUCUGGUCUAACAUUGAGAAGCCAUGAUUUGUAAUGAGAUUCUCCAUUCUAAGGAUGUCAUACACAGAUGUAUGUUAUUGGAUUGGCUCAAAUUCUGUUACCCAUGUUUUCAGUUGUCAUCUCGAAAAAUUUGCAGGACUAGUGGUCAAGUUUGUAGGUUGGCCUUAAAUAACACUUGAACGACCACUAAAUCAUUACCACAAAAAUUCUGUUUUGCAAUUUUAAAGUUACCUCCCCUUUGAAAGGGAAAUUAGAAUUUAUACUUCGUUUGCUGGCCAGAGACCCUUUUGAAGGGCAUUAUAGGAUGUAAAUUUGACCAAAGUGCAAAACCUUUGUGGAUUCCUGAAACCUACGGAAUCCUUGCUGAUUCGUUAAAAUAUGCAGCAGCUGCAGGUUUCAGUGAUUAAAAUCUUUGGGCUCUUAGAUGCAGGAUGCUCCUAGGUGAAUUUUAAUCAACAUCAACCAAAACGAUUUACAUUUUAUGCUUUGUUGGAUUUUUGGCUUCAGGUGAAUUUUUGGUAUUUAAUAAGUCAAAUAU